GCCUGGAGAUAAUUAACAUUUCCAACUGGGUAACUGCUCUGACAGUUGCUCAUUAUAGGACACAGAAUUAGUAGAGAAUAUAGGGCAGAGAAAACCUUUAUGCGAAGCCUGAGAGGACAGAGAAACAUCGGUUUCAGUCUAAAAUUUUGGGUAUAUUGAACAGAAAGUGUGCACAAAAAGACAUGCAAGGUGAGGUGGAGGAGAGAGGACACUGGGGACAUAAGGUGCAGUUUCUCCUGGCUGUUGCUGAGAAUGUCGUUGGCCUGGGCAAUAUGUGGAGGUUUCCUUACCUCUGCUACAAAAAUGGAGGGGGUGCAUUCUUGGUGCCAUAUCUGGUAUUUGUGGUGACCUGUGGCAUACCCCUGUUCCUGCUGGAGACGGCCAUAGGCCAGUACACUCAGGAGGGCGGCAUCACCUGUUGGAGGAAGUUAUGUCCACUGGCAGAAGGUAUUGGCUAUGCAGGGCAGCUGAUCAUCCUCUACAGUUGUAUGACUUACCUUAUUAUUCUGUCCUGGGCGUUGCUCUACCUCGUGUUCUCCUUCAGCUCCCAGCUCCCCUGGGCCACUUGCAACAACUACUGGAACACAGAUGACUGUGUAGACUAUUCAACAAAAAAUGCCAGCGUACCAUGGAACAAUCAGACCAACUCAACAUCUGCAGCCACAGAAUUCUGGGAACGACGUGUGCUGGCUAUCUCAGGAGGCAUUGAGGAGAUCGGCAGCAUCAGGUGGGAGGUGCUGUUGUGUGUAAUUGCUAUGUGGAUCAUCUGCUACUUUUGUAUCUGGAAAGGUGUCAAGUCUACAGGAAAGGUGGUGUAUUUCACUGCUACCUUCCCCUAUGUGAUGCUGCUAAUUCUUCUGAUUCGUGGACUCUCUCUUCCUGGUGCACUACAAGGAGUGAAGUUUUAUCUUCUGCCUGAAGCCUCACGACUCACAGAUCCUCAGGUGUGGAUGGAGGCUGGGUCUCAGAUCUUCUUCUCCUACAGUAUCGGUGUGGGAUCCCUAACUGUGCUGGGAAGCUACAACAAACGCAACAACAAUUGUUACAAGGACUGUCUGUGGCUGUGUCUGCUGAACAGUGGUACAAGUGUUGUAGCUGGCUUUGCAGUUUUCUCAGUGCUUGGAUUCAUGGCUCAUGAGCAGGGCGUUCCCAUUGCAGAGGUGGCAGAGUCAGGUCCAGGCUUGGCGUUCAUUGCUUAUCCUCAGGCUGUAGCCAUGAUGCCUCUGCCUCAACUGUGGUCCAUCGAUUUCUUUGUCAUGCUCAUUGUCUUGGGUUUGGACACACAAACCAAAGAACUACAGACUCUUCACAACCUGCUCAAACUCUUGGUACAGGACCUCACCACAUGGGUCAAGAAGGUUUCUGUCUCAUUUCUACUCUGAAGCUCACCUUCUCCUGCUCAAACUGCUGACAAAUGUUUCUGCUGCUCUAAAGUCUGCUCUCCAGAACUUCCUAAAAUCUCUCAAAGUCUCUUCUGCUACAGGUUGCUUUGUAGAACUGUUCGAGAAAACCUCACUAAACCACAUGGAGGGGCCUCAAGAUAGUCGUCCAAAUUAAAUCGUACAAAAAACAAACUAGCACAACCCAAACGCUAAAGUCUCCUGCAGCCUACCAGAGAACCUCUGAGAACAGAGAAUCAGGACAGGAACUCUUACCUUCUGGACAACCAACAUUGGUUCUCAAACAAGAAUACAGAAUGUGUCUGACCAAAAACCACUAAAGACUCACUACAGCCAAGAUAAAGACACAACUCAACUGUACCAAAUCCACUAAUCACUGCACACAUUAGCACCAUGUGCUAACUGUGGCUAAAGAACCACAUUUACCAAGACAACUAUCCAGUACAAAGCCCUAAAACACACCAAGAAACACAUUAAAGACGAUUUUACUGCUGGAAGCUGCAAGCCAACGCCUAAAGAACAAACUAUAGCAAUGGAGCCAAACCCAGUUCACUGGUGAAGAGAAGCAGAGGAAAUGUUUGUCUGCAGCUAAAUAAAGCAGGAAGACACUGAGCUGCUCAGGUGUUCCUGAUAAUACCAAGCUGCUCAGGUGUUCCUGAUAACACCAAGCAGCCACCUGGACAGCCAAUAGGAACACAGCUUCCUGGAAGUCCACAGGGCUGGGUUAGUGAAGUAAAUUUAAUUUAAAGGUGAAGCAGAAAGUUAACAAAGAAAGUUGAAAACCACCUUCUGAUACCUGAAAUCUCUGAGUUUUCACACAAAGAACACCUGAACAUGUCAAACUGGUUCCAUAGUAGAACCAUCAUUGUAAAAACGUCAUAGUAUGGUGUGUUGCUCAAAAAACAUUAGGACCCGGCUGUCAGGGACAAACAUGUAAGAAACAUGAGAACAGAGAGAACCCAACCAGUAGGUCACAGUUUAUCAUCCCCCAGUCAUCUCCUGAAGUCCAUAUGGUGAGAGACAUCAGUAUCUGGUUGUUAAUUUACCAGAGGAUGCUUAUAAUCAUGCUGAUGUGGUCUGUACUCUACAGUAUUUUAGUGACUCAAUAAAUGCCUAAGUUGUU